AUGGCUUUGAACGUAAGUGGCUUGGUAGCUGUGGUUGUAUUUUAUGUCCUGACUUUAGCCACUGGAAUAUGGGCUUCCCGGAAAACCAAGAAAGAGAAGAACAAGAAGCCCAGUGAAGUAGCCAUGGUGGGAGACAGAAACAUGAACUUUUUCAUUGGACUGUUCACGGCAACUGCAACAUGGGUUGGCGGAGGAUAUAUCAAUGGCACAGCUGAAAUUGUCUAUCUUCCUUCAAGAGGACUAGCCUGGGUUCAAGCCCCUGCAGGAUUUGCUUUGUCCCUCCUUGUUGGUGGGCUCUUCUUUGUCGAUCCAAUGAGAGAGAAGAAUUACGUGACAAUGAUGGAUCCAAUCCAAGAAACUUAUGGGAACGUGAUGGCAAGUCUCCUGUUUAUUCCACCAUUGAUAGCAGACAUAUUCUGGUUUGCAGCGAUUCUUGCUUCCUUAGGAGCAACCAUGAAGGUCAUUUUGGAUAUCCAAGGUUACAUAGCCAUCAUUGCCUCUGCAUGCACAGUUAUACUCUAUACUUCCCUAGGAGGUUUGUACUCCGUUGCAUAUACAGAUGUAAUUCAACUGCUCCUUAUAACAGCCAGCUUGUGGCUUUGCAUCCCAUUCGCCAUGAUGAACUCUGCCACGGAAAGCAUUUCUUACACCGCUACCCACAACUCAUUCCAAGCACCAUGGAUCGGAAAAGUAGAAAUGCAAUAUUUUGGAAGGUGGAUGGAUGACUUUUUAUAUUUGGUGCUUGGAGGCAUCCCGUGGCAAUCCUAUUUCCAGCGGGUUUUCUCGGCUUCUUCUCCAAAACAAGCCAGGCUCAUUUCCUAUCUUUCUGGCCUGGGGUGCUUUGUCAUGGCCAUCCCUUCUGUGCUCAUUGGAGCAGUUGCAGCCUCCACAGACUGGAAUCAAACAGGCUAUGGCCUUCCCACGCCCAAUGACAGAGGUGAUGCUUCCCUCAUACUUCCGUUAGUUCUCCACUAUCUUUGCCCAACGUAUAUCUCCAUUGUUGGCUUGGGUGCCAUUGCAGCUGCCGUGAUGUCUUCUGGGGAUUCUACCUUGCUCUCCGGCAGCUCCAUGUUUGCUCACAACAUCUAUAGGAAAAUUCUCAGGAAAAAGGCGACAGAAAAAGAUGUAUUAUGGGUGAUGAGAGCAUCCAUGGUGGUGUUUGGGACACUGGCAGCUGCUCUGGCCUUUUACUCGCAUUCCAUUUUUGAUCUCUGGUUCGUGAGCGGAGAGCUGGUGUACGCCCUCCUCUUUCCUCAGCUCUGCUGUGUCCUCUUCGUUCAUGGCACCAACACUUACGGCUCAGCCGCUGGGUUCCUCUUGGGGUUUCUGCUGCGGCUGUUGGCAGGGGAGCCCUCCCUGAAGAUCCCCCCAGUGAUCUGUUACCCAGGAUGCUCUCUUGUAGACGGGGCCUACAUUCAACUCUUCCCAUUUAAGAUGGUCACCAUGCUGGUCUCUCUGUUGACCAUCGUCUCCGUUUCAUACCUGGCAGCCUUUGGGUUUAAGGCAAAUCUCCUUCCUGUCGAAUGGGAUGUUUGUAAAAUAAUUAAGGAUGAUCAAGUGCUCAUUUCCUUACGCCAGAAAGAAAAAUGGGAGAAUGUACAAAGGAUGGAGAACUGUGAGCGAGAAGGAGAGGCAAAAAGCAACGGUGUUUUAUAA